UGGAGCACGGUUGCCAAGAGGGGUAAAGCCAAGAAACCCGUCACUGCCAAGCGCCGUGAAGCCAUUGUCCGCGGCUUCAACCUUGAUACCGGCGAACAAGGUUAUGAAUAUGUGUAUAUUCAUCGUUCCCGUCGCUAUACCAGAAUGGAGGUCCGCCGAAACUUGCGCGUUCUUGGAAUUGAUGCCGCUCGCAUUCUUGAUGUUGCUUUCCCUGCCCGUGGUAUCAUUGGCCUCCUGAUCCACGUCCAAUUCAAGGCAUCGUUCCUAGAAUCCCUUGAACGAGCAAAGGUUCAAACUGUGGCCGAUUUUGAUCCUUUGGAUCCUGCACACUUGGGUGAUCCUCGCUUUGCUACCGCCAGUGUCGCUGACCGGGAAGUUGCUGCCAUGCGCUUCCAUUCCCGCCGUUGCCUCCAUGCCCUGAAUUUUGUGAUUGACCAUCACAAAGAUGCUGCCGUCGCCGUCGCCAAGGUUUUUGCCGAACAGGCUUGGAUAACUGAGGAAGACCUUGCCCGCGUUAUUGCCGCUACCCGUCCCAAGCUUUUCGAACGCCCAAAGUAUUCCCGAAACGCUGUCUUCGGCUCCGGAGACUUUGAAUCCGAUAACGACGACACCGACUCAAGCAUGGAAUAUUAA